AUGGGCCCGCCGACUCCUGGCGCGGGGCUCCUGCGCCGCCUGCGGGCCGCCGCUGUGCUGUUCCUGGCCACCCUCGGCCUGCGCUUGGGCUUCGGCGACGGCGACGGCGGGACGCCGCCGGCGGCGCCGGCGGCGGCCUGGCGGGCCAGCGUGGCCUCCAGCGUCGGCACCGGCCCGGCGGGCAGGACGGGCGCGACGGGCGCGACGGGCGCGACGGGCGCGACGGGCGCCGGCUGCGGCAGCGGCGGCGGGUCGUCCUGGGGUGUUGGCAGCAGCGGCUCGCUGCUCGCCUUCACAAAAUCAGACGACGGCGAGCGGGACGGCGGCGGCGGCUUCGUCGGCGCCACCAGCCCCGGCGGCAGCGGGGCCGGCGUGGUCGGCGCGACCGGCAGGAUCGGGGGCGAGCCGGACGCGUUUGGGGGCGCAGGCACGCCCAUCGCCAGGGGUGCGCCCUGCGGCGGCGGGGUCGCCGGCCGGGCGGCUGUGCCAUUCAAAGCUGCGUAG